AUGGCCAAGCUCACUUUGCUCACCGGUCUGGUCCUGCUGCUGAAUGCACAGCUAGGCUCUGCCUAUAUCCUCUCCUGCUACUUCACCAACUGGGCCCAGUACAGGCCUGGCCUGGGCAAGUACACCCCUGAGAAUGUGGACCCCUGCCUGUGCAACCACCUGAUCUAUGCCUUCGCUGGGAUGGCCAACAACGAGAUCACCACCUACGAGUGGAACGAUGAGACCCUCUACAAGUCCUUCAACGGCCUGAAGAACCAGAACAAGAACCUGAAGACCCUCCUGGCCAUCGGGGGAUGGAACUUCGGGACAGAGAAGUUCUCCACCAUGGUCUCCACCCCCCAGAACCGUCAGACCUUCAUCAAGUCUGUCAUCAGGUUCCUGAGGCAGUACCAGUUUGAUGGGCUGGACCUCGACUGGGAGUACCCUGGCUCCAGGGGCAGCCCAGCCCAGGACAAGGCUCUCUUCACCGUGCUGGUGAAGGAAAUGGUGGCAGCCUUUGAGCAGGAAGCCAAAGAGGUCAACAAGCCCAGGCUCAUGGUCACAGCUGCCGUUGCUGCAGGGCUCUCCACCAUCCAGGCUGGCUACGAGAUUGCUGAGCUUGGCAAGUACCUGGACUACAUCCACGUCAUGACCUACGACUUCUCCAGCGCCUACGACGGCCGCACGGGGGAGAACAGUCCCCUGCACAACACUGCCAACAGGCAGUUCAGUGUUGAGUAUGCCAUGAGCUACUGGAGGGACAGCGGAGCCCCAGCUCAGAAGCUGCUCGUUGGCUUCCCGACCUAUGGCCACAGCUUCACCCUCCAGAACCCUUCCAACACUGCUGUUGGGGCUCCCACAACAGGGCCUGGCCCAGCUGGACCCUACACUGGGGAGGAUGGGCUCCUGGCUUACUAUGAGAUCUGCACAAUCCUUGACUCUGGAGCCACCCAGGCUUGGGAUGCCUCCCAGGACGUGCCCUAUGCCUACAAGGGCAGCCAGUGGGUUGGCUAUGACAACACCAAGAGCUUCAGCCUCAAGGUGGACUGGCUGAAGAAGAACAACUUUGGAGGUGCCAUGGUUUGGACCAUUGACCUGGAUGACUUCACUGGCACCUUCUGCAAGCAGGGCAAAUAUCCUCUGAUCAGCACCCUGAAGAAUGGCCUGGGGCUGAGGGGCUGCAGCAGCUACUGAGCAGCCAG